CCCGCUGAUCCUAAUAAUAACAACUCGUUGAAGCGGAGCAUCUGUAAGCGAAGCCGUGAUGGAGUUAAUGCUAGAGUCACUGGACAAUAAGGAUUUGCUAAGACUGAUGCACAUAGUGCGUAGUCGAGGCUUGGAAGGCGACCAUGGGUCAUGGGACGAGUUCAUGAAAUUUAAAUUCCCAAAAUACCAAACCAAGUUCCUUAUUCCUGCAAAAGUGUACUCAUCGCUUUCUUCCUGAGCCUCCAAAAGAAAGAUGACAUUCAGUUAUUACAAGCCUGGGUUCUUAAUCCCAGCCGCUUUCUGGCUCGUUUGCUCUCAAAGCAGUCUACUCUUUCUCAUAGUUUGUUAGGCCUGAGGAGACCUAUAGAGCCGAGUUAUUAUUCAAGAUGGCACACCCUAGUUAAAACCUCUCUAGCUCGCGAAGACUAUCCUCUGGAUUACUUCUUGUCCCCACCGUUUGAGGAUUGGGUUGUUACUGGGAUCGGAAGAAACAAAAGCAGAUCAAAAUAUUUCGAGAACAUCGAUGCAGUUGCUCUUUGUUGCGAUAUGGUUCUUUCUCAAGAUGAGAGUGAAUCUCACUCUGUUAGAGUUGUUGCUAUUAACUCUGAUUUCAAGGUGAUUAUUGAUGAGCUCUUUACACCGAGUCAUAGUCAUGAAGCAGUAGUCCAACAUCUUGAGAGUGCCUCCCACACUCUCUCUCUUGCAGAUAUUCAGGAGAAACUUCUUAAAUUACUCUCUGUGGAUACUAUCAUGGUCGGUCACUCUCUUAAAAUGGACCUACAAGCACUCAAGUUGGAUCACACCAGAGUAUUAGACACUUCACUUGUCUUCAAAUAUGAUUACUCUGGCGAGCCUCCGAAGGAGGAUAAUGGAUACUUUGAGACAUGCGUUGAGUUUGAAUUAAUUCAGCCUCGAAGGCCUUCUCUUGACUUUCUAUGCAAGUCGAUACUGGGAUAUGUAGAGCCCCCAAACACUUGCCUUCAAAAGGCAGAAGCUGCAAUGAAGCUUGCCCUUGCAGUGGUGGAGAAAGGUGCAAAGACUUCCAUUCCCUUGACUGAUGAGAUGUUGACGAGUGACAAGUCUACACUCUUCCUUCCAAAGCGAAGAUCCAAAAAGUCCACCUAGCUAUGGUUUCUAUAAAAUAUUUAAAUGGUGUAAAAGAAUCCCUUUUUCUUUUCCUUCUUUCGUGUGCGCCUAAACUCUUUUAUUUAGUUGAACUCUUAUAUUAAUUAUGUCUACUUUUAUAUUGAUGGCAACAACAAGA